CGACAAUCUGAAAAAAAUGAUUUAGUCGUGCCGUAUUUUUGUCGAGAAAGGAACGGUCGGCGAAGCUUUCCCGUACGGUACGGGUUCUAGGAGGUGUACACCAAAACGAAUGAAUCCCCGAAUGAUGGCUACACGAACCAAGCACCGGAUCGAAUCACUGGCAACUCAUACCACGAUCGCAUCGACCACAAACCGUGGGGCGUGCCGACGGCAACCACCGCCGAUCCAUUACUCGUAUUAUUCACGGAGGGGAGAAAACCGGAGGGAUCGAGCGGGCCGCAUUGCCACCCGGAAAGCCGCAGGGAUUUCGAAACGGAUACGGACGAUCGAUCGGCGUUCCGUUCGGGAAAGAUACGCACGGAACUUGGUGGCAGCCAUGGGGUUCCCCAGCGUCCGGCACAUCUUCCUGUCCGUGCUUCUGGCCACUAUCGAAGCGGCAGCGGCCACCGAAGCCACCAGAGAUGCUCUCGCGACGAACCACCUGCGGCACGGCGAUCGAUUCCACCGCCGUGCGGAAGAAAACCGCGGCAGCGACCGCAAACACGACCUGGAUCGCGAGCCAGAGCGCAAGCACGAGGCCGGCACGGCCGCAGACGAGGCUGUAUACACCGACACACACACCGAUUGCUCCGCGGCACCGGCGAGGGACGGCAUGUCCCCCCGCGGGGUGCGGCGGUCCGCGAUCGCGGCGGAAUUGUCCCGCCUGGCCUACGAGCUCGGGGAGGACCCCCUCGCCGCCAAAGAUUCCGGCCUGGGCUUCGAGACCGCCUACGGGAGCUACCACUCGUCCGGGAUCGACGCCGUCUACUCCGCCCGGAUCGGGAGCGAGUACUGCGCGGUGGCCUUUCGGGGGACCGACUCGGGCGGGGAGGACUACCGGUCGGACCUUCUGUCGAACCUUUCCGUCGGUCCGGUGGGGUACGGGAACGAGGACUCCCACUCCUGCGAGGUCCAUUCCGGCUUUCACGAGGCGUACUACGGGUUCGAGCACCGGUCGGAGGGGGUGGAGGCCUUUCUCGAAACCUGCCUGGAGGGGUGCCCGGGAUGCGAGGUUCUCCUGACGGGGCACAGCCAGGGCGGGUCCAUUGCGGAGGUUGCGGCGCUGUACUACCUACGGGGGGAGAACAACGCGACCCCAAGAAGCGACAAGCGGAACCCGGCCAAGGUGCACGUGGUUACCUUUGGUGCACCGCAGGCCCUGGGGGCCGGUUGCCUGCCGCUCUUCUCCAGGGAGGAACGCUGCAACUUUCUCCACUACGUCAUGACUACCGAGGGAUCCCUCGGAAGGGGCCUGGUCUACGACCCGGUGCCGAUGCUUUCCCACCGGGCACUGGUGGAUCGGGACAACGACGGAACGAUGGACGCCUCCUGGGACACCUACGCCCGAAACGGUGGCCUCGCCUUUGUGGGCUUUGAGGUCUUUGUGAGCGCGGAGGAUCCCUCGUCGGUUCUUUUCGGGGCCCUCGAUGCCCACUACCCGGCUCCCACCGGCGCCCUGGACUGGUCGAUCGACUCCCACAACAAGGCCCUGUACGCGGGGGUCCUGGCCGAGCAGGCCGGCCUCUACCCCCCCGGGGACCUCGGGCACGUGGUGUGCCACCUGCCCACGGACGGCCUUGCGGCCGGGGCCCCCUGCAACCCGGCCGAGUCCGGCGUUCCCUGCGGGACGGGGGAGUGCGCGGCCGGGGGAAGCGGGGGGUGGUGGAACCGCUGGUGGCCCACCGGGCACACCUGCGCUGGCGGGGCCGGUGCCGCGGACCGGUUCUGCCACGAGCGGCCGCCCGAGUGGACCUUUGUGGGCCGAGGGGAAAAGGGGCGGGACCAGCACCAAUAGCAGCAGCAGCAGCAGCAGCAGUAGCAGCACCAAUAGCUAUCAAACUAUCCAAAACGACGGAAACCACUGCGGCCCAACAGCGACGCGGACGAGUCCGUCGCAACCGGCCAUGAAACAGACAGUCCAGUGCAAAAAAAUGUGCCAAUGGACCAUAUGGAAGACGCGAUCGGAAACAAGGCGAUCCAUCGUCGCAAACUGUCCGUUACAGCUAGGGUAGUACGUGCUAGAAGGAUGUAGCGCUAUAAACUAUAAAUAGAUAG